GCUCGCUCUAUUUACUGCUUGAGAACUCCGUUUCUCUCUUUUGUUUCUUUCCCUACGAAUAAUAUCAUCCCAAUCCGGAUGGACUAAAGCUCCCAAUGGACGUGCUCAAGGCUUCGGACAGUGUUUGGUUCUUUGGCCUUGUUGCCAUCUCACUGACCGGGCUCUGUUUUGCUCUGGAGAGAGCGCUUGGAAAGUCCCUCUGGGCUGGAGUAAGGCUUCAUGGCCGAAAGGCGUCAACUGCUAGAACUCCCCCACGUUCACUAUCGCCCGAGAAGAAACCUGCUGCUAGUCCUACGUCGCCGUCCAGCUAUUCUGAUGCCUUUCCACCCCAACGUCGGCAAGCACUGCCAGAUCUGAAGGAUCAUGCAGUCGAUGAGGAGGAGGUGAAGAAGCAUAUUCUGCCCAUGUCUGCAGACUACAGAAGUAGUCCAGACGGGAAAUACACGCCAACGGGGAUUUCAGUAAAGGAGGUGAAAGCAUUGGGUGACUUCCCAGACUAUGCAGGACUUAGUGGGGUGCCUCUGCCACGACCCUACCGUGAGUUUGACAUCGACAAGGCACUUCCCAGACCCUAUCGUCCGUUUCGAUGGGUUUAUCAUCAGACAAUGUCAUUGACCAAAUUGGAAACGGACUGGUGGGUUGAGCUUGAGAACACAUACAAGUUCCGGGUUGCUCAGCGCAAGGAGCUGUACGCUAAGCACGGUAAAGCCGUGCUUGACUAUCUUCCUGGAUCUGAACUGGCCUGCAAGGAGCUUAUGGAAAUGGUGUUGCAGUUCAUCUGUAGCCGAUAUCCGCAGUACUUCUCCUUGGUGGACAACCACAUUCUUCAGAAUAGAAUCCUCGGCGUGGAACAGGAUAUCAGGUCUAAGCAUCCCUUGGAGAUCCUGCUGGACCAUGUCCCCGAAGACUAUGGGAUUACCAUGCGGGACGAUGCGACUGGCUAUUACUUCUUCCGAGCUGGUGUCAUCUGCUCCUCAUUGGGCUGGAAUGUCUCGACCAAGAUUGGGCUUCAGCUUCAUGAAAUCCAUGCCCCGAUCCCGGAUUACAAGGAAAAGAUGCAGUUCUCAAUGGAUCGUUUCUUCUCCAAGAUGCCAACAGACAAGCCUAUCCAACGAGGCUCUUGGGGUCUCGAGGUCGGACAACCCCUUUACAUGCCCAGUGGCGACCCUCACGAACUACACCGACUAUCUCAGAACCCCAACCUGCCGCUCUCAGACUGUUAUCUGCGCGUAGACUGGCAAACCCUCCGCCGUCUCCCUCUAUCCGGCGGAAUCGUAUUCAACUUCAAGGCUCUCUUCACGCCCGUCACCGAGUUCCGGGACGAACCAGGCGUACCGGCUCUUGUUGCAAAGAUCCUGAAGGAGGGAAAGAAGAACUUAAUGAAGUACAAGAAUACCUGGCACGUGGAACAUGUUGUCUUGCCGAAGCUGGAAGAAUGGGCUAAGGAGCAAGAAGAAAAUGGACUCGUCCCCGAGAACUGGGAGGUGUCCACGCUGGAGGAAAGUCCGUGGUUUAAAAAUUGGGAGGAAAAAUGGCAUCGCCAACAGGGGUUUUAGAUGUGUUCCUUGCAUUUAUUUUUUUGUUCUUCAUAUUGGCCCCUUUGGGUACCACCUGCUGGGUUUGGGCCGUGCUUUUUACAAUGAUAGAGGGGAGCUAGCUUUCUCCUGGAUAUAGCAAUCUACACAUGAACAAUGAAGUCCUAUUGGGGGUGUCCAGCAUUGUAUGCGGACUUUUGUAUUCGAUUCUCAAUUCUAACGAACUGGAUGGUCUUAAAUGGUUAGAGCUUAGUUAGAACUGAGUUCCAAGGUCUGGAUAACCUUGUCUUUCUUUAGCUGAAGCGUCCCAUGUUGUGCUCGUGCCUUCGUACGUCUCCGGAACGACCAUGGAGCUUUGAACCCUCGUAGACGUGACCACUCAGGCAUCUUAGAGCCCAUCUCACAGUUCUUUUCAGCUUCGACCGGCUAAGCUCUCAGCAUCUGUAGUCUAGAGCGUUCAUCACGAGGACGUCAAGCCAGGACCGCGCAUCUGCCUUUCGAAAGGGGGGUGGCAAUCUCCAUCCGCUUAAUAGAAGAUAGCAUUUCUCUCGUAAACCGUAGUCCAGAGAAGUGCAACAGUCUCCCUUUUUUAAAAGCGAGGCAAAAUGAAAGAAUGCCUUAUAAACGCUGCACGAGGUCCGACCAAACUCAAUCCUCGUCUUCCGCACGUUGACUUCCAGCCUUCUCAUUCUCCUCCUCCCGCUCCUCAUCAAGCUCCUCCAACUCGGCAGCCAACGGACUAACCCGUUCCUCCAACAGAUCCAAAUCCUCCAGCAACUGCCGCGGUGGCAACUUCCACAAACUUGUCCCGCAAACCCGAUCCUUCGUGAGCAAAUCAUCCACGAACUGAUCCAUAUGCGUCAGCGUAAACGAAUCGCGUAACCGUCGUUUCAGCUUCCGGUAGUCAAGCAACAAUGGUUCUAGCGUUUUGUACACGUCCGCCGGGUCAAAGGUUAAGCGUACGUAGAACGCGGCCAGGGCGCGGAGGUAUUUGAAGUCGCCUUUUGUCUUGACGACAUUAUCAUCCUCUCCCCCAUCCCCAUCGUCGUCAUCACCCCCAGAAUGCAGAUCAUGAUCGGUAAAAUUCAAAUACUCAAGCACAAUAUCCCGUUCCGGCCCAAGCUGCAACAUCUUAAACGCAAGACAGAGAAACGGCGACGGCUUCUCCGACACCCCGUACGUGCCGCCAAUGUAGGUGAGUUCGACGGCACGAUCGCACAGCGUCGCUGCAUUUAACCCGAAGCAUUGUUCCUUCCAGUAAUAGGAAUCUGUGAUGCGGUCGCGGACGGCUUUUUCGAAGAGGGUGGCUGGGUUCACGCCGCGGAUUAGGGGGCCGGCGUAGCCGCGGUUGUCGAGGAGGGUGCUUGCAUCUGCGCGGUGGGACGUCAUUUCUUUUUUGUCUUUUUUUUUUUCUUGUGGGUGUGUGUGGAACACUGUUGGUGUGGUAUUGAGAUUGCG